AUGCUGGCUCAAAAGGGUAUUCCAUUGACUGAGGAAGAACGACCCAACCAAUUCGAAAGACCAAAAGAAAAAGCCGAUGCCGAAUUCGUUAAAGAUAUUCCUAUCAAUGAUCUCAAGAACAGGUACAUGUUGACGCGUGGGGCAACGCAGACUCAAAUCCAACGCGAAACAAAUGCAGAUGUGACAACACGUGGAAAAUAUUAUCCUGAAAACAUCCUUCCUACUGAUAAGGAACCUCCGCUCUACCUCCACGUUACUGCGUCAACCCAGGAAUCACUCGAUAAAGCACUAGCCCAGAUCGACAACCUGAUCAAGACUGCCACUGUUCCUCUUCCUGGUACAGGAUACCCACCUCGUGAACGCAAGUUCUUGGAACACAAGAUCUACGUUGGUAUUGAGGGCAGCCCACACUUCAACAUUCGAGCCAAAAUAGUCGGUCCUCAGGGUGCCUACGUGAAACACAUUCAGAAUGAGACCGGAAGUCGGGUUCAAUUAAAAGGACGUGGAUCAGGCUUUUAUGAAACAAAUACUGGUGUUGAAGCAGAAGAACCUUUACAUGUUCAUAUUUCGUAA